ACGUGCUCGCGUAGUAGGGCUUUCUGGGUUGUUUUGGAUCCAGUGGUAGCACAUGGAGACAACACGGCAUCAAAUUUGAAGCAACUUUAGUUUUACCGAGAACGCUGUCACCAUCUAGGCAUGUCAGCGGCAGGUCAGACGAGCGGAAGCCGGGAUAUCCCGGCCGUGAGGCGGGUCGCCGUCCUGGAAGCUGCCCACAUGCCCCAGGAUUACUCCACGACCCCCGGGGGGACCGUGUUCAGCACCACGCCCGGAGGAACUCGAAUCAUCUACGACAGGAAGUUCCUGCUUCAGUGUCGCACCUCUCCUUUGGCUCACACGCCUCCGAAGCUGCCCGAUAUCCCGGGAGUCACUCGGCCGUACAAACGGGAGUCCUCCACUGAGACCUGCCAGCCGGCAGCGAGUCAAAUCGAACAAAGCCAACAUACAGAGGGUGCAGGAGAAGAUGCCCAGUUUGACAUGGACAUUUGAAGAGGAUUGGUACUAUUUCUAACAUCUUCACGGUUGUUCUUUUGUCGAGUGUAGAAGUUUUUUUAAAAAGGUAGGGACUGUGGAAUAUAAAAUGAAGCUCCUCAAGAGGAAAUUGUACUUCUGCAUGGCUCCAUUGUUGGCAUUUGGGGUGUGAUUAAAAUCUCUUUUAACUAAACAUAAUAUUAUAGAAGAUAAUAAAGUGAGUAAACAGCUUUUAUAAUCAAGUACAAUAUUGUUUUUGUUGCUUGAAGUUAAUUUACACUUUUUUUUUGCAUGAUAAAAUUGUGUACUACACAGCUGUAUUCGCUGGAUGAGGAUUUUACAGUGGGAAUAAAAUGUAUGUGAAGUCUGGAA